CGCCCGCGCUGCCACUUCGGCUUCUCUUUCUAUCCCUCCACUCCCACUUAUCUUCUGCUCCGUCUCCCCCUCGUCCACACCAUGGCCACAGCCGCGCCCUCCGCCUCCUCCUCCCUCCUCGCGCCGGCCGCAAGCACGGCAACAGCCGCGCCCAACGCGCUGCUGUUCCCUUCCUCCGUGCCGUCGCUGCGCGCCUACCCGCGGCUCCUCCUCGCGUUCCGCCGCCCCGCCGCGGCCGCCGUCGCCGACCCCCAGGGGGCCGUGAUCGAGGAGGAGGCGGAGCAGGUCCAGUUAGAUGACGACGUCGACGAAGGGUACGAAGGCGGCCGCGGCCCCGCGUUCACGCCCCCAACACGGCCGCGCACCGGCAAGGCCGCUCUCCCGCUCAAGCGCGACCGCACGAGGUCGAAGAGGUUCCUCGAGAUACAGAAGCUGAGGGAGAGCAAGAAGGAGCACGACGUGCCCACGGCCAUCUCGCUGAUGAAGCAGAUGGCCAGCGCGCGCUUUGUCGAGUCGGCGGAGGCGCACUUCCGCAUGAACCUGGACCCCAAGUACAAUGACCAGCAGCUCCGCGCGACGGUGAAUUUGCCCAAAGGGACGGGCCAGUCGGUGAAGAUUGCAGUUCUCACUCAAGGUGAGAAGAUAGAUGAAGCAAGAGCUGCAGGAGCUGAUAUUGUUGGCGGAGAUGACUUGAUUGAACAAAUAAAAGGAGGAUUUAUGGAGUUUGACAAAUUGAUUGCAUCACCUGAUAUGAUGCCUAAGGUUGCCAGCUUGGGUAAGAUUCUAGGACCAAGAGGACUGAUGCCUAACCCCAAAGCUGGUACUGUUUCUCCAAACAUUGCGCAGGCUAUCGAAGAGUUCAAGAAAGGUAAAGUCGAAUACAGAGUUGAUAAAACAGGGGUUGUUCAUAUUCCCUUCGGCAAGGUCGACUUUCCUAAGGAAGAUCUUAUUGCGAACUUCAUGGCUGUUGUUCGCUCUGUCGAAAGGAACAAGCCAUCUGGUGCGAAGGGGAUAUACUGGAAAACAGCAUACUUGUGCUCAUCAAUGGGACCUUCAAUCAAGCUAAACAUAAAAGAAAUGCUUGACUACGGCACAGACUCAUCUAACUAGAUGCCAUCAUGAGCCCUGGCUAAGUAAUAUGGCAUUGCUACCACUUUUGCAGACAUAUUUAACCAACUGUCCCUUGCGACAAAUGAGCAGAGAAACGUGGUUCUGGAGCAAGGCAGGGAGGUGCUUAUGGACAUUUUUUUUUUCAGUUUAACGGGCACUCAUCAUCCGAGCAGUUAAACUAUGCCCAGAUCGACAAAUAGGUGAUCUUGUUGGUCAUGUAUUUACAAGCAAAUUACGCAUGGAUUCAUAAAUGUCUUUCUCUCAGAUGUUUGUUGUAAUGUUCAAUAUUGUCAAUAGUCAUCCUUGAUCUUAAGGCAGCAA